AUGGGAGGAGCUUCACCAACGGUGAAAUUUGGUAAUGACAAGAAGGCGUACGGAGCGGUGGUACUAAUACAGCUUAUCUACACCGGGAUGUUCCUCCUCUCCAAGAAGGCGUUCGACGGCGGCUUCAAAGCUUCCAUCUUCGUCUUCUACCGGCAGACCUUCGCCUCCGCCCUCAUCGUCCCUCUCGCCCUCUUCCUCGAAUGGUAAAAAUAAUAAAUACACAAAUAUUAUUACCACUUCAGUAAUACAGUCGAAAGCACGCUUUAAAACUUAAAAACUUAUACUUUCAUGCUUCUAGGUUAUGUACAUGUAUUGUAUUUUACCAAAAUCACGUAGGUUAUCAUAAUGCUUUUACCCAAUAUUGAAGUUUUUAUAACUAAUGUAGUUAAAAACGCGUUUUAAAGCUUAAAAUCUCACGAUUUUAUACUUUUAGAUCACCAAAACGCUUUCUAAGUUUUCACUACAAUAUUGCAUUCGCUACCUUGACUCUUUUCAUUACAUUGAUAUAUAACACUUUUUUCAUGGUCCAAACCUCGGCCGGCGGCGAACAGGAAGCACGCGCCGGCGCUGUCGCUCCCCACCUUCUGCAAGAUCUUCGUCCUCUCCCUCUUCGGGAUAACGUUGAGCUUGAACGUCAAUGGGAUAGCUUUGAUGUACACUUCAGCCACUUUGGGUGCUGCCAUUGGUAAUACCCUGCCAGCCAUUACGUUCUUCGUGGCUCUUCUAUUCGGAAUGGAGAUAUUAAAGGUGAGGACAAAAACAGGAAUGGCAAAACUAGCUGGGAUAGUUAUAUGCAUGGGAGGAGUGACAGUUCUUGCUUUCUACAAAGGCCCCCAUUUUAAGGUCUUGUCUCUCUUUAAACAUGAUGAACUCCAUGGACAUGACCUUAGACCUCAGCAAAACUCUAGCUCUUCUCAUAACACAUGGGUCAAAUGUUGUUUCUUGAUGCUCUUCUCCAACCUUACUUGGGGCUUAUGGCUCAUCUUUCAGGCAAUACUUCUGAAAAGCUACCCAUCAAAGCUUCUCUUCACGGCUCUUCAAUGCGUUCUGAGUUCGAUUCAGUCCCUAGUUGUUGCAGUUGCCAUUGAGAGAAAUCCCCACGAAUGGAUGCUUGGAUGGAAUAUGAGACUUGUGGCUGUAACUUAUUGUGUAAUCAUAACUAAACUCAUAAACAUAAUGACUACAUAA